ACCUUGUCACGUGCUCCUCCUUGACCGGUGCGUGGUGCGCGCAUGAGGGGAUCAUGGCUGGGCUCCUGAGGACGGUGUGGCGGCAUGGCUCUUGCCGUUGGCUCUUCAGGUCGGGACGCGGCAGGGCCACCAUCGCGCCCUCCCCGGCGCCGCUCCACUCCGCGCGGGCCGCAGUCUCCCACGGCGGCGGCAGCAGCAGCAGCAGCAGCAGAUAUCUGAUCUACCAGACAAGGCUUUUCACAGUUGCGACACAAGAGACGCAAGAGAAAGGAGAUGCUCAAGAACCACCUGCUUCAUCUGUUCGAAUUAGGCAGGCACAGUAUUUUGACUGGGCCUUGAACAAACUGGAUAAGUCUAUCAGAAGAACUGGGCGCAUCACUAGAACUCUUCUAUUAAAAAUAUUCCAUGAUGUAUGCAGAACAGGGUAUCCAAGUAGCAACCAGGCCCUGCUGCUUUUGAGAAGCUGUGGUUCCUUGUUGCCUGAGUUCAGUCCAGUAGAUCGAACAGAAUUUGCCCACACCAUGUGGGCCAAGCUAAAAGAUCUGGGUACGUAUGGAAAAUAUAUGGCUAUUUCAGGUGUUG